GGGCAUCUUUGCCCCCUGCCCGGAGAGCGAGAUAUUCACAGACGGCGUUGGGCGACGUGUGUUGGCUGGCGCGAUGGGCGUUGACAAGCCCAAAGUGGUGGACGGCGUGACCACCACCCUCUUGAGGUUCAUUUCCAUCUUGUGCCCCAUCAACUCGUGCAUGAGGCGCCUCCGCGGUGCCAGUGACACUUUACCGCACCUGGGACAGAUGGUCACCCUGGACCUGGAGGAGGGCGAGGUCCUCGUUGACGACGGGCAGGACCAAGAGGGAUGUUUUAACAUUUUCCAGAUGCCCUUGGCUUGGCGCGGGUAUUUGCGCCUCUCGAAGCCUGUUCCUGCCUCUGUCGCGGGAGGUGAUCCGAACAAGCUAAUGCACGUCAGCAUCAUUACGGUGCCGAUGGGGUGGGUAGGCGCCGUCGACCUCAUGCAGGCUGUCAUCAGGGAGCUCGUGUUCGUCCAGGCGGGCGUGAACCCGAGUACCGAGGUCAGGAAGCACGAGGUCUUCCCAGAAGGCCCAACCUACUCUCUCCUCUGCUUGGACGGCUUCGACUACCCCCAGAAGGUCCACAAGACGGCUUCGAACGUGAGGGAGAGGCCGGAGAGUUGCGAAGCCACUCGGUUCAGAGAGGUAUGCGCGCGACUUGGCACCCCCCUCAACGAGGGGAAACGCUUGGUUCAGAGCCGCGAUUCUGGGGUGCUCGGGGGGAUGUUCUUGGGCGAGCGGGGUCGGCUCAGCCUUGGGCCCGCGAAGAUGCACAAGUGCAUUUGGAAAGGGGCGCGCCUCGCCUCCAUGCCCGUUUGGUCCCAGGCGGCGCUAUCGCACUUCAUCGGGCUCGCCGGGUUCGCCGCGCAGCUCAGGCGGGCGCUGUUCGCAGUCUUCCAGGAGAGCUACUGGGAGACUCUCCGCUUGGAGCGCGGGCCGGCGCCGCCCUCGGAGGGGCUGAGCUGCACGGACGCGUCAGAGGAGGGUGGCGCAGCUUGCGAGGCCACUGCCUUCACGCAGGCCGUGGACCAGAAGAGUUCGGACACCGUCUGCAGCCACUUCGCCAACCUC